UUUUUCCUCUGUGUGGCCAGACAGAGCGUGGCUUGGGGUGCGGGUAUGGUUGAAUCAGCUGGAACAUAAAAGCCAAAUCCUUCCUGAAUUACUACUAGCCAUGAACUGAGACCAUCAUUUAAAACAAAAAUCAUUAAAAUAGAGCAACGGCAGCAUGGCCCAGAGCAAGAGACACACAUACAGUCGGGCGUCAAGUGCCGGAACCAGGAUGAGUGUGGAAGCUAGUGGCAAGCCCUUGAAAGUGGGCUCCCGAGUGGAAGUCAUCGGAAAGGGACACCGUGGGACAGUGGCAUAUGUUGGAGCCACGUUGUUUGCCACAGGAAAGUGGGUUGGAGUCAUCUUGGAUGACGCGAAGGGCAAGAACGAUGGCACUGUGCAGGGCAGGAAAUAUUUCACCUGUGAAGAGAAUCAUGGCAUCUUUGUGCGACAGUCACAGAUCCAGAUUUUUGAAGAUGGAGCAGAUACAACAUCUCCAGAAACCCCAGAAUCUUCUGCCUCAAAGGUCCCCAAAAGAGAAUCUUUGGAAGCUGCCAAAGCCAGCAAAUUGCGUGGAGCGAAACCUAAAAAGGCCCCAACAACACGGAAGACCACCACCAGGCGGCCCAAGCCUACCCGGACUCCCAGCUCCGCAGCAUCCAGCGGGACAGCUGGGCCCUCUGGCUCCGCUUCCGCCUCGGCAGGUGAGAUGAGUAGCAGUGAGCCCAGCACGCCUGCUCAGACGCCUCUGGCUGCGCCGGUCAUUCCGACUCCUUCCCUGACCUCUCCGGUGGCACCUCCGUCAGCUCCGUCCCCCACGAAGGAGGAGGAGAACCUGCGUUCUCAAGUCAGAGACCUGGAGGAGAAGCUGGAGACUCUGAAGAUGAAGCGAAAUGAAGACAAAGCAAAGCUGAAAGAGCUGGAGAAAUACAAGAUCCAGUUGGAGCAGGUGCAGGAGUGGAAGAGCAAAAUGCAGGAACAACAGGUUGACCUCCAGAAACGUCUAAAGGAGGCCAAAAAGGAAGCCAAAGAUGCAUUGGAAGCCAAGGAGCAUUACAUGGAGGAAAUGGCCGAUACGGCUGAUGCUAUCGAGAUGGCAACUCUGGACAAGGAGAUGGCGGAGGAGCGGGCCGAAUCCCUGCAGCAGGAGGUGGAGUCCCUGAAAGAGAAGGUGGAAUAUCUCACGAUGGACCUGGAAAUCCUGAAACAUGAGAUAGAAGAGAAAGGCUCGGAUGGGGCUGCAUCCAGCUACCAGGUCAAACAGCUAGAAGAGCAAAACGCGAGGCUCAAGGAAGCUCUCGUCAGGAUGCGGGAUCUGUCUGCAUCAGAGAAGCAGGAGCAUGUGAAGCUUCAGAAACACAUGGAGAAGAAGAAUUCAGAGCUGGAGAGUUUGCGUCAGCAGAAGGAGAAGCUGCAGGAGGAGGUGAAGCAGGCAGAGAGAACCAUUGAUGAGUUGAAAGAGCAGGUGGAUGCUGCGCUGGGUGCUGAAGAGAUGGUGGAGACUCUGACCGAGAGAAACCUGGACUUGGAGGAGAAGGUCCGGGAGCUGCGCGAGACCGUCGGCGACCUGGAAGCCAUGAACGAGAUGAAUGACGAGCUGCAGGAGAAUGCCAGGGAGACCGAGCUGGAGCUGCGUGAGCAGCUGGACAUGGCAACGGCGCGGGUCCGUGAGGCGGAGAAGCGCGUGGAGGCUGCACAGGAGACAGUGGCAGAUUACCAGCAGACCAUCAAGAAAUACAGGGAGCUGACUGCACACCUGCAGGAUGUGAACCGAGAGCUCACAAACCAGCAAGAAGCUUCUGUUGAGAGACAACAGCAGCCUCCGCCAGAGAUGUUCGACUUCAAGAUUAAAUUUGCAGAGACGAAGGCCCAUGCGAAGGCCAUAGAGAUGGAGCUGCGCCAGAUGGAGGUGCAGCAGGCCAACCGGCACGUCUCCCUCCUCACUUCCUUCAUGCCUGACAGCUUCCUGCGCCAUGGAGGGGACCACGACUGCAUCCUGGUGCUGCUGCUCAUCCCCCGGCUCAUCUGCAAGGCCGAGCUGAUCAGCAAACAGGCCCAGGAGAAGUUCGAGCUGAAUGAAAACUGGGCCGAGCGCACGGGCCUCCGGGGUGCCCCAGGGGAGCAGCUGAGCUUCGCUGCGGGGCUGGUGUAUUCGCUCAGCCUCCUGCAAGCAACGCUGCACAAAUACGAACAGGCCCUGAGUAAGUGCAGCGUUGAGGUCUAUAAGAAGGUGGGGAUGCUCUACCCGGAGAUGAGUGUCCAUGAGCGCUCGCUGGACUUCCUGAUUCAGCUGCUGCACAAGGACCAGCUGGAUGAGACGGUCAACGUGGAGCCACUCACCAAAGCUAUCAAAUACUACCAGCACCUGUACAGCAUCCACCUGGUGGAGCAAGCCGAAGACUGCACCAUGCAGCUGGCAGACCACAUUAAGUUCACCCAGAGUGCCUUGGACUGCAUGGGCGUGGAAGUGGGUCGAUUGCGGUCCUUCCUGCAGACAGGGCAGGAGGCGUCCGACCUCGCCAUCCUCCUCAAGGACCUGGAGACCUCUUGCAGCGACAUCCGCCAGUUCUGCAAGAAGAUCAGACGCCGCAUGCCUGGAACAGACGCACCUGGGAUACCCGCAGCCCUCGGCUUCGGACAGCAGGUGUCGGACACGCUGCUGGAUUGCCGCAAGCACCUGACCUGGGUGGUGGCGGUGCUGCAGGAAGUGGCUGCCGCGGGGGCCCAGAUGAUCGCCCCGCUGACGGAGAACGAAGGGCUCCUGGCCGUGAAGCUGGAAGAUCUGGCCUUCAAAGCAAGCGAGCAGAUCUACGGCAGCCAGGGCGUCAACCCGUACGAGUGCCUGCGCCAGUCCUGUACUAUCCUCAUUGCGACCAUGAACAAGAUGGCCACGGCUAUGCAGGAGGGAGAGUACGACGCCGACCGGCCACAGACCAAGCCCCCUCCCCCUGUCAAUCUGAGGGCAGCCGCGCUCCGGGCCGAGAUCACAGAUGCCGAGGGCCUGGGACUGAAGCUGGAAGACAGAGAGACGGUCAUCAAAGAGCUGAAGAAAUCGCUCAAAAUCAAGGGCGAGGAGCUGAGCGAAGCCAACGUGCGUCUCAGUCUCCUGGAGAAGAAGCUUGACAGCGCGUCCAAGGACGCGGAUGACCGGGUGGAGAAGAUCCAGACCAAGCUGGACGAGACCCAGGCUCUGCUCAAAAAGAAGGAGAAGGAGUUUGAGGAGACCAUGGACGCUCUUCAGGCUGAUAUUGACCAGCUGGAGUCGGAAAAGAUGGAGCUAAAGCAGCGCUUGAACAACCAGUCCAAACGCACCAUCGAGGGGCUGCGGGGAUCCCCUGCCUCUGGAAUCGCGUCGAUCGUCUCGGGCAUUGCAGGAGAGGAACAGCAGAGAGGUGUCAGCGCUGGCCAGGUGAUGGGAGGUGGCUCAGGACCUGUCCAGGUGAAGGAUUCGCCUCUUCUCCUCCAACAGAUCGACGCCAUGCGGCUGUCCAUUGAGCACCUCAAAACUGAGAACAACCGGCUCAAGGGAGCCCACAUGAAGGCGGAGCUGGCAGCGCUGCCCCCUCUGCACGUCCCGAAGCUCUCGCUUCCCAAAGAUCGGCAGGGAGAGGAGGUGGCCUCCGGCACCCUGUACAGGAAGACGAGCCAGUUGCUGCAGACCCUCUACCAGAUGAGCGCCAACGCCAAGGUGGUGGAUGUCGCGCGCAGAAGCUCGGCAGGAAGCCCGGCCGCCCAGCUGCUGGAGCAGACAGCCCGCCUGACAUCCUUGAGCAGCACCAUAGACAAGCUGAAGGAUGAAGUGAUGAAGGAGACGGUCCUGCAGCACCCCGGGGCCAAUGUCCUCACUGACUUCGCCACCUUCCCAUCCUCAGCCUUCCUCAAGGCCAAAGAGGAGAAGAAGGAAGACACCGUGUACGUUGGCAAAGUGACCUUCCCCUGCCAGCCUGGGCAUGGCCAAGUGCACAAGCUCGUGCUGACGCCGGAGCAGCUGUGUGAGCUGCACGGCCGCCUCAUCUCCUAAGGGACCCCCCCACCCCCCACAGAGACUGAUGUUCCUUGCACAGCCCCUCUCCCCAACCCAUUGCUGAGUCUCUUCUCCAAGCCCCUUCCUGGCAGGGACUUGCUAGCCUGUACGUGCAGCAGACCCCAGCAGAGCGCCCCCGCCUGGAGCACCGGGUUCCAGCUAAUGAACCAACUCACCCUUCUGCCCUGCCGAGGGGGACCUUGGCAUAGCUGUGUGUGCGUGUGUGUUCGCUCCUGCCUGCAUCUCCGGCUGCCUUUUCUCCUCCCUGCUCUCCCGGUGCAUCUGAGAGCUGCCUUUCUCCUGUGGGGGGGACUGAGGUGUCAGGGGCCGGGCCUGGUUGUAUACAUUACACUCACCAGUGAAAACUCUUCCAACACCCACCCCGCAGCUCCUUGUCCGAACGGCACCGACCUGGCCCAGGAGCUCAGCCCCUGGCAGACCCCCCGGGGCGGGCUCUGUAGGGAGCAUCACCGUUCUCCAGGUGGGAUUGGAGUAGCAGGGAGACGGGCUUGGCCCUGCAUUGAGACUGGGAGCGGCAUUGGAACCCUGCCCAGCUCAGACUAACUGAUCAACAAGAGAAACCCAGCCAGAGAUGCCCCCGUUCUGCCCUGCUCGGUGCUGAGGGGUUUGGGCUGCUGGCCAGACGGUCGGGCGGUGCCUCUAGCUCCUGUCACGGGAUGAAGGGUUCAUGCCAGAGGGGAAAGGGAGCCCCUGGGGCUCCCGCUCUGAACACUACAGAUACCCACAGUGGGGUGAGUUCAAAGCCCGUCCCACCAGCUGCUGCUGUCAAACCUCUCCCCCCACGUGCUGUGGUUGUCACAUCAGUGCAGGGGGCCGGGAGCUGAGUUCCCCAUGGCUAGUGGGUGAGUGAGUGGAGGAGCUUUGGGUCUGUUGGUAUGAGCGCAUGCUGCUGCCCCAUCCCCUCCUGUAACCAGUUCUUCGCACUCUAGGGCUCUGGAAAUGAAUAAAGCUACAACUGUUAAACGCA